GCCACUGUCGCCGCCGCCGCCGCCGCCGAGCUCCGCGCCCGCAGCCUCCGCCUCCCGGAUGGACGCUCUGCCCCGAGGCGGGCUGAACCUGAAGGAGGAGCCGCUGCUGCCCGCCGGCCUGGGCUCGGUGCGCUCCUGGAUGCAGGGCGCGGGCAUCCUGGAUGCCAGCACCGCGGCGCAGAGUGGCGUGGGCCUGGCACGGGCACACUUUGAGAAGCAGCCCCCCUCCAACCUCAGGAAAUCCAAUUUCUUCCACUUCGUGCUGGCCAUGUACGACCGGCAGGGGCAGCCCGUGGAGGUGGAGCGCACGGCCUUCAUCGACUUCGUGGAGAAGGACCGAGAGCCUGGGGCCGAAAAGACCAACAACGGUAUCCACUACCGCCUCCGGCUGGUGUACAACAGCGGACUUCGGACGGAGCAGGACCUGUAUGUGCGGCUCAUCGACUCCAUGUCCAAGCAGGCCAUCAUCUACGAGGGGCAGGACAAGAACCCCGAGAUGUGUCGAGUGCUGCUCACCCAUGAGAUCAUGUGCAGCCGGUGCUGUGACCGGAAGAGCUGUGGCAACCGGAAUGAGACGCCCUCAGACCCCGUCAUUAUUGACAGAUUCUUCCUCAAGUUCUUCCUGAAAUGCAACCAGAACUGCCUGAAGAAUGCCGGGAAUCCCCGUGACAUGCGGCGCUUCCAGGUGGUGGUGUCCACGACGGUGAGCGUGGACGGACACGUGCUGGCCGUGUCUGACAACAUGUUUGUGCACAACAACUCCAAGCAUGGACGCAGGGCGCGCCGCCUGGACCCCUCCGAAGCUGCUACCCCCUGCAUCAAGGCCAUCAGCCCCGGGGAGGGCUGGACCACGGGCGGCGCUACCGUCAUUGUCAUCGGCGACAACUUCUUCGACGGGUUGCAGGUCGUGUUUGGAAACGUGCUCGUGUGGAGCGAGCUAAUCACGCCCCACGCCAUCCGGGUGCAGACGCCCCCGCGGCACAUCCCCGGGGUCGUGGAAGUGACCCUCUCCUAUAAGUCCAAGCAAUUUUGCAAGGGAGCCCCCGGCCGCUUUGUCUACACAGCCCUGAACGAGCCGACCAUUGACUACGGAUUCCAGAGGCUACAGAAAGUCAUUCCCAGACACCCCGGAGACCCCGAGAGGCUGCCCAAGGAAGUGCUGCUGAAGCGGGCGGCCGACUUGGCGGAGGCGCUGUACGGAGUGCCCAGCAGUAACCAGGAGCUCCUCCUGAAGCGCGCGGCGGACGUGGCCGAGGCUCUGUACAGCGCCCCCCGGGCGCCCGCGCCUCUCGGACCCCUGGCCCCGAGCCACCCGCACCCCGCCGUCGUGGGCAUCAACGCCUUCAGCAGCCCGCUGGCCAUCGCCGUCGGGGACGCCACGCCGGGACCCGAGCCGGGCUACGCGCGCAGCUGCAGCAGCGCGUCCCCCCGCGGGUUCGCGCCCAGCCCGGGUUCGCAGCAGAGCAGCUACGGCAGUGGCCUCGGAGCGGGCCUCGGCGGCUACGGAGCGCCAGGAGUGGCCGGCCUUGGUGUGCCCGGGUCCCCCAGCUUCCUCAAUGGCUCCACGGCCACCUCGCCCUUCGCCAUCAUGCCCUCUAGCCCCCCGCUGGCGGCUGCCUCCUCCAUGUCCCUUCCGGCCACGGCCCCCACCACCAGCGUGUUCUCCUUCUCGCCUGUCAACAUGAUCUCCGCCGUCAAACAGAGGAGCGCCUUCGCCCCCGUGCUGCGCCCACCCAGCUCCCCACCCCAGGCCUGCCCCAGAAUCCACGGAGAGGGGCUUCCAGACCAGCCUUUCGAGGACUCUGACAAGUUCCACUCUCCAGCCCGGGGGCUUCAGGGCCUGGCGUACUCCUAAUGACGGUCUGUAGGUGUUGCCCACACAGAGCCCGGACUGGCGGUCCCUCGGGAUUCACAUCCACACCCUGGACGGCGGCACAGACAGAUGCAGGGCCAGGGCUGCGGGCACACGUCAACCCACGGGCUGAACGGGGAGAGGCCUUCGUCCUUGCGCUCAAGCCUCCCCCACCACCCCCACAGGAUCCUCUCGCCUCCCUUUCUUGGGGCGCUCGGAGGCCCCAGCACUGUGCAGAUAGAUGCUCGUGGCGGGGGAACGUCCCAGGGAGGUGCUGGGCUGCCCGGCCUCACUGGCUGGGGCUUGGUUCCUCUGAAAGAGAUGGAUCUUGUGCAGACCAGGGAUGUCGAGUGAGGAGAGCAUGGGAUGGGGACUGUGGGAAAGAGGACAGCUCAGGGAGAAGUGACCUGGAAAGGUCCUGUGUGCAUCUGACCCAUCUCAGCUGGCCCAGCAUCCCAACUCCUCUCCAGGGCAAAGGGCAGUGCCCGGCGGUCGCGGGAGGCCUGCCCAGGCUCCCAUGGAGCCUCCAUAGCCGCUCUGCCCUGCGCUGCCCCCACGUCCUUCGAGACCUGAGCACUCAUGCUUGCCGCAUCAUGCCUCCCUGUGGGGGCUUCGGGCAUGGAGGAGGCAGAAGGGGGGUGCCAGGCCGCCUGAAUUUGGGGUCUUUCCCCAAUGGAUGUCUCAUGGACUCUGGCCCCCUCACACACACUAACUCUGGCUGGCCCCAUGGAACGGGCCCAACUGCCCCCCAGGUGGCCUCAUAUUCUGCUCUGCUAAGUUUGGAGAGAACAAUAAACCAGAUGCAGUGGCCGCCUGGGCUCUCUCGCCUGCUUCCUUGGUGUG